CUGGUAACAAGUACGCGCUGAUUUAAAGUAUAGAAAUAGCAUUAUUACCAUACAGAAAAUGUGAAGAGAGAAAACCUGAUCCUGACUAAUGGGAUUAAUUAAUGGAUAUUUAACUUGAUACGCCGAUUUUAACUUCAAAGGAUUACCUGCAGUUUUACCUGGCGAAAAAUUAAAACCGGGUUUGGAUUUAUGUGUACUUAAUCAACAAUUGUCGGAGUUGAUUUUUUGUGUUUGACCACUACUUGAUUUGACCAGUGGCUGGAUUUUGACCUAUAUACCUGGAGGGUAAAACACAUGUGCAUUGUACAGAUGUUAUACAGGUAGGAAAACAAUGCUAAUUGGAUUCACAGGUACACCUGUUUGACGUCAUUGUGCCUGAUAAUUCUAUAUAAGGUAUUGACAAGUAUAUCAGUCUGUUUAUGUAGAUGAAGAUGUUGUCGUAAGCAGUUGGAAUUGCAAGUGGACUUGGCAAUAUAUUUUGGGAGAUUUUCUUUGCCGAUGAUGGAUUAAGAAAACAAUAGAUUGACGACAAAAUGGCGAACACGUUGAUACCGAUCUGCGUCCUUUUGGGCUUGACUUUUAUUGGUUCUGCGCAUGCGGAUUGUGCUUUUCCCUACAUCUUCAGGGACAUCCAGUGGUACUACAAGAUUGCAGUGAGCGCGUCAGAGAGGACAAAAAUUGUGUUCACAAAUAAUGCCGUGACUUUCACCCGGCAGCAGCUUCCAAGUGAAUACGUCAUCAAAAGAGUAAUGUAUAAGUGUGAAGAAAUGGCAGAUAUGAACAAAUUCAUCUUGAAAUCGUCCGAAGAUGACGGAAUGACGGAGUUUAAAUGCUUGGAAAUCAUCGAACGGAGUAAAUCAGUCAUGCAAUUUCGAGAAUCCAAAGGACAAGCGACAAAGUCUCUGUCCUUAUGCAAUCAGGAUAGCCUCGUUUUGGAUCCAUGGAUUGCAGUAUCUUACAACCACAUACUAACGGAUUAUUCACCUUGCCCUUUGAAUGCUGGAUUCAAUAUGAAAAUUGCUGACAGGAACGGCAAUGACCAUGGAUGCAAUUUCAUGGACCUUCCCAUGCGAUUCGAGAGUGAUUGUUUAGGUGGAGAAGGUAUGGUUUUGGAUUUCAGGAAACACGAGUGUACUAGUUUUUUAUCCACAGAAAUUCUACAGAAAACUAUCUGUGUUACACACUGGAUCCAUGGCAACUAUUUGUUUGCGGUAGUCCGGAAACACGGAAGUGGGGACAUUUGGUGUUUGCGGUUCCCGAGUCGAAGAAUAGGAAAAAAUUUCAAAGCAGAGCUCUUUACUGAUAUAAUAUGUCCGGACGAUUCACCCUCCAAUCAUAAUGUGAACUUUUUCACCCUUUAUCUUGAAAAAGUAGUUCAGAUGGAGUUAUGCGCGGAUGAAUACUCACAAUGCUCGCGCAAACCAUGUAUGUCAUAUAUCCGGGAUCAGUGUCACAAAUCGUGCGGAAAAUGUAAGGUGGACGAACCGCUGCCAAUCUGUUCGUUUCCAAGGCGAUUUAGAGGAGAGUGGUAUCUUGCAACAUCACAACAAGAAAACGUCAACAUCUCCGAGUCGGUUAUGCAAAUUGGAUCUAUCGGCCAUUUCAAAUGUGUCGCCUACCCUGACUCACCGCCUUCAAAGGAAAGAACAUACACAACGAUAUCAUUGUUUGAAAAUGGCUGCCGCCCGCGCUAUACUUGUUUGGAUUUAAAACGUAUAAGCCCAUCCGUUAUUGGGUUUUCCAUUAGUCAAAGUUUUGUGUGGCCUCUGAAUGAUGAACACCCCGGUAAAUCAAUCUGCAACACUGAAAGGUUUGAACCCGACGAUGAACCCAUUGGUGACCGCUACCGAUCCUCUCCAAACGCAGCAAAGCCAAUACUCCCGAUCUCUCGGACGCUUGUGCCUACAUCGUGUCAUCUAAAAUCUGUCCAUAAUUAUCUAGUGCAGAUAAAAAGCACAACCCAUUGCAGAGGUAGAAUGUACCAGGAUUGUAAAAAUUCAUCGCUGAUACGAAUGGAAUUCAACAGGUGUCGUAUUCAACAGGAGCCACUGAAUUUCAUGUGUGUUGCAUCUUUUAAAGGAAGAUAUUGGGAGAAACUACUUAUCCUUGUAAACUUAGAUAAUAUCUACGACUCAAAGUGUUUAGCUUUCACAUCACUGAAGCCGACGGAAGCGUUAAUGUUACAAUCGAGUCAGUGUGAUAUGUAUGCCUGGUCGUACUACGACGCAGCGAUACGACCGGCUUACAUGCAUUUCCAACUUGAACCACAAGCUGAAACGUGCAAGAAUAUCCCAUUCCCAACGACAACGGUGCCUCCGGCCAUAUCCGAAGCAAAUAAAAUGAUAGAGGCUUCAUCCCUCCCCGGUAAAAAAUUACCCAAUCCUUCCUUGAUGAGGGAUGGUGUUCCUACACCGACAUAUAAUAUUCCAGAUAAAUCAAGUGAUUCUAAAACGUCUUCGAAAAAUACCGGAAAUCUAAAUAAAGGGGAGGUAAUAAGUGACUCGAACAAUUUCUCCCCAGUAUAUUUACCAUCAGUUUUCUUAUUAUUAAUAUGUUAUUCUAUUUCUGUAUUAUUUAAUGUUUUUGGAUAUAGAGAUUGAGAGAAAUUUUCAAAUUGAUGAUGAUCAAUUAUAUGAUAAAUUAUAUCCGGUUCCGGUUCGGGAGUAACAAUGUACGAUAUAAUGCACAACGUUUUACACUUGUAGGUAAAAGGAUUUCGUAACAAGUACAUGGAAAACUGAGAACCUUAUUUAAAAGAAACAGUAUUUGCAAUUAUUUAUUUUUAAUCAUGAUGUUAUCUAAUAGAUUGAAAGAGUUCAUGUUUAAUUUAUAGAUAUGUCUAUGUUGCUAAGCAACACAUUUGAUAUAAAUUGUCUACAACGUUAUUUCACAUAACAACUUAUCUAAAAUGUACAGAAAUGAAAAACAAGUAAGUAUGCUGUUUCUUGACUACACAUUUCGUUUCUGUAUGCGUAGCUUAAUAGAUGAACUAUAUUAUGUUGUUUUAUAUCAUUGUUCAAACUUGCCAUAUAUAUUCAUAUAUAAUAAGUCAAUAAUGAUUGAUAAGUAAUAUUUAAGUCUAAAGACAAAUAUAUUAACAUUGAUAUAUGAGUCAGCGCAUCAUUCAAAUAUUCCAGCUGAAAAUAGUGUUCCGCAAUCGAUUUUUUUCAUUCAUAACGUCAGUUAGUUUCGUAUUUCUUCACUUUUCCGGUGAAGCACCACAUCAUGGUCACGUGCUACAGAUCACUUCCUGUUUUGGGUUAUAUUUAUCGGUUCGUGCAUGAUACUGUUAUCAAAAUCUCGUCUUCGUCGGUUUCCUUGGUGAUAAAUCUAAAGUUCCUUGGUGAUAAAUCUAAAGUUCCGUGGAUGACGAGAUUUGCCCGUUUCCUGCUAAGAGAAAUAAGAGAUAUUCAAUGUCUCGUAUUUUAUAUGUCUUGUAAUGCAAGUAGGGUUUUGGCUUUGUUGCAAUGAGAUUAUCCAUUCAAUUUAAAUAGAUUUCAGCAAAAUUGAUAGUGAAACUUUUUUUUCUAAUUUGUUAAUUAUGUUCGCUGAUGAUGUUCAUACAAAGUUCAAUUUUUCAGAGAUUUUGAAUAUUGCAUUAGAAAAUGUUUUUGUCAAUCUCCAUUAUCUGAAUAUAAAAAUAUAUAUCAAAUUAGUCAACGUAGGGACAGUUUCUCUUUCACUAUAGACGAGACUCGUGAUGGCAAUACGGUCAUAUUGAUCUGCAGCAAAUAUUUCUUUCAUGAACAUUAAAUAUUUUCAUGAUUUUUCUUUAAAAAUAAAUGGAAUGAACUUCCAUUUUUUUAAUUCUUUCUAAGGAAGCAUCUGUAAAUCUACCAGUCCUGUGUUACUGUUACAGUGUUUUUCGCCAUUGAUGUUGUGGAAAGGCAGGGUUCUGGAUUUACUUCUUUACUAUAUUGAUUCAAGGGUUAGAGAUGAGGAGGAUCAUCUGUCAAAUUUAUCAAUUAAGUUACUAGACAUAUUAACGAGAUGUACAAGGAAAUUUCAUCAGAUUGUCCUGUUCUUUCUCAGUUCUGGAAUAUUGAAUAUUAUCAAACAAUAUCGAGUCAAACUGAAACCAUAAUUAUUCAUAGCACGUCUGAUAAUAAGACUGAUAUAGCUGGUGAAAGUUCGAUACCAUGCUCGGCCAACUGUUCCUUUUUAUCUAAGUGGAAGACCAAGAUAAUGCUGUCGAGUUUCUGAAUAUCAGACAGACGGGUUUGUGUUGUUGGCCUAAUGGGUAUAGAACUAGUGUGGUUUCAGCAGGACAAUGGGCAGCACCAAGUGUAAACUUGGUCAGAACAGAGGACUAACAUCUCAUGAUAUCGAUCAUCUCUUUGUUGUGAACACUCGGCACAAGGUGUAACGUUUUAAUGUGAAGAAAGGAGAGUUGUCGACAGCUCACUGCAAAGUUUUCUAUAUUUCCAUCGCCAAGGGAGGAAGUUUCUCUCUCUUUCUCACUCUGAAAAAUCAUAAACAAGGUGCUAGGCAAAUCUAUAAAGAAUAUUUGUAUAUUCAAUACUGUAAAUGUUUAAUAUAGUUAUUUAUUUUUUAACUUUAAGAUUUAUCUGUGGUGCCUACGAUGCGCUACUUUAUGUACAAACGUUGGGUUUCACAACCUGUAAACUGUUCAUCGUUGAUUACACUUUAGCUGAGCUAAAGAUUCUGUUUAUGGCUGCCCUUCAAAGAUAACCAAUGAAACAUUAAGGGAAAAUGGCAUCUUCUUCGAGUACUUUUUACUAUUAUCAAAAUCUGUCUUUUUCUUGAAUGAAUUUUGUUUAUGAUUUUAGUAUUCAUGAUUGUAACACAUAUUAUUCCGAUGGAAUAUUUAUGAUAUUUAUAUCAUUGACGACGUAAUCAUACCGACAUCUUUCGUUGCCAUUGGAUACUAACAUGUGUCGUCUGCUCGUCUACAUUAAUCUAUUUUGAUCGAAAUAAUUUGAACAUUGUCACUCAAUUUACAUCGCUAAGUAUAAGUGAGGGGAAAAAUUACGGGAGCAGGAAAUAGACGGAUUUAUUUAGUUGAUAUCUUGUCGUCUGUUCUCGUCACCCACGAGAUCUCAAAGACUAAUUUCCGGAUAUACUUAACGCUAUUUUGGUUUAGUGAAUUGUUAUCCGACCAUCGUCUCAUUUAAAAUGCAUUGGUAUGUCAUUCUGGGAGCCUAAUCUUUUUAAUUCUUUCUAUUCUAGAUCAAUCUUUCGAGUGAAGUUUGAUAUAAUUUUGUUCUGUCUAAACAAUCAGUGUUCUAUAUAGUUUGAAAUGGUACAUCCUAUCAUUCGAUUGAUACACUUUUAUUUCUGCUCUAUUUACCGAAUAAUUUAGGCCAAAAGUCCAGAUCUAUUAAAGAGCAAUAGUCUUAAUUCCUUAGAAUCGGAACAUUUUUAAAAACAAUUUAAUUCAUAUUUGAUCGUUUAUCAACUCAACGAAGAGAAUAUCCUGCAGUAUUUUUCAGUAUCAAAACACAUACAACAAUCAAAUAUUCCUUUUAGAUUGUUAUUGAUGUAAUCACGUUCGACCAAAACUACACAGGGACACUUUAAUUGACAUGUAGUUAAAUAACACAAAUUAUAAUUAACAUGUGUAAUUAAUACAACACGCUACGCCAAAUGGUUACAUUUCUCGAAAUGGCCACGUUACAAGUUAAACUUACACUUACUUACACCCAAAAUCCGUCAUAAAUAUGUUUUUCAUUGUCUCUCUCAAAAAUCUCGACAAACAAGUAUCUUAUUUAUUUCGGUAUUUCUUUUUUUUCCAGAUAUUUACACAUUUUGGAUUAAAAAAAAAAAUAUUAAAAAACUUAAAAUUUAUUUUUUCGUUUAAAUUUCAAUAGCUGUCGGUACAAUGAACUUGAUAUACUGUUAUUAUCAGAUAUUUUAUCGGUCGCUGACCCUGAAGGUGUAAUCAGAACAUCAAUUAUGCAGAUUUGUACUAAAUCACCUGUAUAUCGAUUCCCUUGCAGCAGUUCCAAUGAGCAAACCGUCUCAAUUUUCUGAUGUCGCUGAAAAUAUCAAACAAUGCCUUUUUUUUAAAUUGUAAUUUUAAUUUUGAGCUAAUCAAUUACUGUGAUGCAAAUUAAUACACACCGAAUGUAUAAUUUUUCUUUGUUUUAUUCAUUUGACUACAUGUUGUUAAGAUUCUGUGCUGUUUAAGCAGAGAUUUUGUUUUGUAUUUCACAUGUGAUAUAAUACUAGUAACAUAAGUUAAAAUCUAAAGCUUUCAAUUUAUAACCUUAUCACGUUUUUUGCUGAUUCGUACGUAAUGCCCUACGUAAUGCGGAUGUUGUACCUACAGUCCUACUUCGCUAUGUCGAAGUAAUAACUGUGGUCCUACUUCGCUAUGUCGAAGUAAUAACUGUAGGCCUACUUCGAAAUGUCGAAGUAAUGACCAUAGUCCAUCUUUGUUAUGUCGAUGCAAUACUUACAUGUGUAAUCAUACAUGUACUUCGUUAUGUCGAUGUGAUACUAACAUGUAUAUUCAUACUUCCUUAUGUCGAUUUAAUACCUACUUGUAAAGUACAUGUUUACUACAGUAUGUCGAUAUACUAUACAUAAUCGAGUUAAGUAGCAACCGUACGUUGGAAGUCUCUGAAAGCAAGAAAUUUGACUUGUGAAGGUUUCGAUAGUGAUUGAUCGGAGAAUCGAGAAGUAUAAGAGAAAAAGCAUGCUACAGUAUAUAUUUUUAAGACUUAAUUCUGAAUAAUAUGAUUACAUGUAUAUAUAUCAUUUAUAUUUAUCAUUUAUAUUUAAUAUUCAGAGAUUUGGUUCAUGAACAUUAAUUGUUAUUCAAUGUUCCAUUCAUAUUAACAAUACACAAAUUUUAAACACAAAGUCAAAUCAAAGUCCCAUUGUCAUGUUUAUGUUUUGUCCUGUACUGUGUUAUUGUGUGAUAUAUGAUAUCGUGAGAUCACGAACUGAACUAUGUAUUUAUGAACAGACUUACCAAAAAAGAAUCUUAUAUUAUCCUUAUUUUUUCUACUUCCAUUAUGUGAAUACUGCGUAUGAACCCCCACCGCAAAAAUAAUCCCCAUGAUAACUUAUUGGUUACAGUAAUUGUUAAAAAAAAAGUUAUUAUCAAUCAUGAUUUUUUGUAUAUAAAGUGAUAGUGCAAUACAGUGCAGUAUGUAUGUAAGAUGAUAAGUCUAUACUGGAUAUAUGUGUGUUCUAAGAUUAUUUCACUUUAAUUUUUGCUGUCAUUAUUCCCUACACUAUAAAUUGCUUUCUGAAUUGCUUAUUUCAUAAUAACUAAUUUUCGUGUUUUCACCCUUUCAAUUUAAAUAUUUGGUAUCUGUAAUUUGUGUAUGUAUUUGAUAUUCCGAAAACAUGUUUCAUUUCAGAUAGUGAAUAAACACUUACGUGUAUUUCACAAAAGUUUUAUGUUUAACAUUCGUCUGGUAAUGAUAAACAUAUGUUUACAUGUUACAAAUAAAUAUUAAAUUCUUUUGAUAAAACAUUCGUUACGUUUGAUAAAGAAUACGGACGUUUUCUGUACAUCCCGGCACGUAUCACCAGACACAAAUGUACUGUAUAUCACAUUUGUACAUAUACAUACGUUUCUGUACUUAAGGGUAUAUGUUGCAUUUUGAGUAAUUUAUCUUCCUCCCAAAAGAGAUCCAUAUCUAUAACAGUAUUAAUAUGAAAUUGAUUUUAUGCUAAUUAAUUCCUGGUCAAUUUGUCUUUGACACAUAAAUACCACAAAGGGAAUCCUUACUAACGUAAAUAAAAAAAAUGGCGUGAAAAGAAAGGUAGCAUAUACCCUUAAUAUGAUAUACAUAUAUGUAUAACGAUGGAAUUACGUUAAGUGUGCAUUUUGUUUCUUUAAUUGUUUGAAAUCCAAUAUAUGUAUAUGUACUCAUUGUGUAUGUAUAUAGCUUUAUUUAUUGAUUUUGCAGACUGUUUUAUUGUUUUGUAUGUCACAUUUGUAACAUUUGCGAUCAGUGAAAGUGACAAGUGCUAUUAAAGAUGUAUGCAAUGCUAAAUUA